AUGGGUUUAAGUGUAGAGAUUGAUGAAGGUGAUUGUUGUAACUUUAAGAAGGAAGGAGCAGUUCCUUUCAAAUGGGAGAUCAAACCGGGAACUCCCAUAGUUCAACAAAAGCAUCACCACCGCCAGCACCAGAAACCGGAAUCGCAGUUACUGAAGCUCAGGCCACCGCCACCUGCCGGUUCCUACCUGUUAUCUCCGAUGGAGCCUCGGACUCCGUCAUUCCGCUCCACUCCGAGGGCCCGGUCGGAGCGGUGGCGGUUCGAGCGCCCACUUCUUGCCCGGGCCGAGAGCGUGUCGUCGGGUUGUUUCUUCUCGCCAUUUCUCAGGCGAUUACGGAGUAGGAAGAGGGUUACGAAGCGAGUGGUUGAAGAGGAUUAUACGCCGGAGUUAGAGACGCUUGGUCGGUGGUCCCUGUCGUCGAGGAAGUCGCUCUCGCCGUUUCGGGCCUCAACGACGUCGUCUUCUGUGGCCUCGUCGCCCCGACCCGUCGGUGAUGCUGAAUGGGCCGGGUUUGGGCUUUUCUGA